CCUGCUCGGCCCCCGGCGCCCUCCCCCAGCGGCUUUCUCCAGUGGGGCUUUAGGACUUACAGGACUUCCUCCCUAUGGAGUAAUAGUUCCCAGCUUCCCGAGUCAAGUGGGCAAGAAAUUAAUUCUGCCCAAGGCACUGUGCUUCCGUCGGUGCCCGAGCGGUCGCCGAAGACACCGGAGGUGCCCGCCUCUGAGGCUGAGCCGUCUCUGGAAGGGCUGGACGAUGUGCCCCCGGUGUCUCCGCUGCAGCCAGUUUCGGAGGAGGAGGCCAUUCAGAUCGUCGCCGCCCCCCCACUGCCCCCCGCUUCCUUCACACUGCGAGACUAUGUGGACCAUUCUGAGACUCUGCAGAAGCUAGUGCUUCUAGGAGUGGACUUGUCCAAGAUAGAGAAACACCCAGAUGCAGCCAACCUCCUUCUGAGACUGGAUUUUGAAAAAGACAUUCAGCAAGUACUCCUGUUCCUUAAAGACCUGGGUAUAGAGGAUAACCAGCUGGGAGCAUUCCUGACAAAAAAUUAUGCUAUUUUCUCUGAAGACCUUGAAAAUCUUAAGACCAGAGUGGCUUAUCUACAGUCAAAAAAUUUCAGUAAGGCAGAUAUCACACAGAUGGUCAGAAAUGCGCCAUUUUUGCUGAAUUUUUCAGUGGAAAGACUGGAUAACAGAUUGGGAUUUUUUCAGAAAGAACUUGAACUUAGUGUGAAGAAGACUAGAGAUCUGGUAGUUCGUCUCCCGAGGCUACUAACUGGAAGUCUGGAGCCCGUGAAAGAGAACAUGAAGGUUUAUCGUCUUGAACUGGGUUUUAAACAUAAUGAAAUUCAACAUAUGAUCACCAGAAUCCCAAAGAUGUUAACUGCAAACAAGAGGAAGCUUACGGAGAUUUUCGAUUACGUGCACAAUGUGAUGAGCAUUCCCCACCACAUCAUGGUCAGGUUCCCACAGGUAUUUAAUACAAGGUUGUUUAAAGUCAAAGAAAGACAUUUGUUUCUGGCCUAUUUAGGAAGAGCACAGUAUGAUCCAGCAAAACCUAACUACGUCUCUUUGGACAAAUUGGUAUCCGUGCCUGAUGAAAUAUUUUGUGAAGAGAUUGCCAAAGCCUCACUACAGGACUUUGAAAAGUUCUUAAAAACUCUAUAGUUUUUGAUAAAUGUUAAAAAUGUAAUAAUGUAAAGUAAUUGUAUGUAUGAAUAAAUUAAUAUCUUUCAAAAUAAAUGC